AUGUUUUGUGGAACCAUAGUAGUAAUAUUCAAGAGGCGGAGUUCAGCAAAAAGUAUACCAGGCCAACCCGGAUUUAACGGUACUAAAGGAGCGGCAGGAACUAAGGGCGAACAAGGCGAUCCAGGUCCUCCGGGAGGAAGAGGACUGAAAGGUGAAAAGGGUUACAUUGGCAUGCAUGGACCAGUGGGCCCAAAGGGCGAUACAGGUGCCACAGGUGCUGAUGGAAUUAGGGGUCUACCUGGAUUUAAGGGCGAUAAAGGAGCCACUGGUGCUAAAGGAUCGAAAGGGUCUAAGGGAAAUACUGGACCAACUGGGGCUAAAGGAGACAAUGGGACUAAGGGUGAUACUGGAUCUCCAGGUGUUGAUGGAAACAAAGGAUCACCAGGAUCUCCAGGUCUUACAGGCGCCACUGGGGUUAAAGGAGACAAAGGGCCACAAGGAAUUCAAGGUGCUGCAGGAGCCACUGGUGCUAAAGGUGCCAAAGGGUCCAAAGGGAGUCGGGGAGUUACUGGCACCAGUGGUGCAAAAGGAGCCAAAGGGUCACAAGGAAGUCGGGGUGUUACUGGUACUACUGGUGCCAAAGGGGCCAAGGGGUCACAAGGGAGUCGGGGUGUUAAUGGACCUGUUGGUGCUAAAGGAUCUAAAGGAGCUCGAGGUGCUAUGGGAGCUAAAGGAGUCAGUGGUCCACCAGGACCUCGGGGUGCUACCGGAACCAGUGGUGCCAAAGGAUCCAAAGGAACUAAGGGCGAUACUGGAAAAACUGGUGCUAAAGGAGUUAAAGGUUCUCAGGGAACCCGAGGUGCUACUGGAGCCACUGGUGCUAAAGGAGCCAAAGGGAUAAAGGGGAGUCGUGGCGUUAAUGGAGCGGUUGGUGCUAAAGGAGCCAAGGGGUCACAAGGAAGUCGGGGUGUUAACGGACCGGCUGGUGCUAAAGGAGACAGAGGUUCUCCAGGAAGUCGAGGAGCUACAGGUGCUAAAGGAUCCAGAGGUCUACCAGGAGCUCGAGGCACCCCUGGAACUACAGGCCCACGGGGACCGAAAGGCAGCACUGGGACACGUGGACCGAUAGGGCCUAUAGGCCCAAGAGGUCUACCAGGAACUCGAGGCACCCCUGGAACUACAGGCCCACGGGGACCGAAAGGCAGCACUGGGACACGUGGACCGAUAGGGCCCAUAGGCCCAAGAGGAAGCACGGGGCCACGUGGACCGCCAGGGUCUCCGGGCCAAAAAGGAAGCACGGGGCCACGUGGACCGCCAGGGCCCCCGGGCUCAACAGACCCGUGUAGUUCCAAUCCAUGCGUUAACGGAAAAUGCAAAACCUCUGGUUCGUCUUAUACAUGUGUCUGCGAAGCAUGCUAUUCGGGAAGCCGUUGUCAAAGUUUUGAUAUUAAUCUUUGCUACAAUUGGAAGUAGAUGGUCGUCUAAAGUUGCAGUGUUUUAGAUUAGCUGUACAUCGAGAAACAAUCUCUUACUUUUGUUACUGAGAAAACUAACAUACAGAGUCACCGCACGCUUGAGUCCUGGUGCACGGAAUUACCAGCACAAAUAUCCCAGCUAAUAAUUUAAUGCUUUGUCCACCCUACCACAGUUCACGUGACUAAUUUGUGUCAUGUAUCCAUGUAUGGACUUGAUUAUGUGACAAUAACACCCAAAUAUCGACAUGGGCCUAUCACAUUUAUUUGUUACAUAAAAUUUGAUAGUGUGUACGGAUCUUUAGGUUAUAAUUUUAAGUAUGAAACGUCUUUUGUAGAACAAUCAAUAUGUAGAAUUUUGCAAUUAAGUAACAUUGCAACGUUGCUGCUAUACCUCAAACAACAUUCGCGAAAGUUAUAAUUAUAUAAUCAAAUCAAAUCAAAUCAUUCCAUGUAUAUUGCGUCAUUCCAACAAUCGUUGCUCGUGGCGCAGUGGACAAGAUGUUGCUCUUUUCAAUAACGUUCUCCUAACCUGAGCCGGUCCUCUGCAGCCGGUAAACCGGUGCACCUUUUAUCUGUCCAGGACAGGAGCCGACGAGUGGACCAGUACACCGGGGUACCCACCUACUGUUGUGGUUUCACUGUUUAAUUCAUGUAGUCUACUUUCGUUCUUUCUUUUCUGUUAUCUUCCUUAUUCUCUUGUAUACCAUUAUCUUCAUUUGUUCCUUUUUCUGAGCACUCCCACAAUUUGGCGCAUUGGAACUUGUAUAGUGCGCUUAAUAAGUCAAUAACAUUGCAACGUUGCUGCUAUAUGGUACCGUAUACAGUAUACCUUCGAGAACAUUACAAUGACGUGUUGUGUUUUUUUUCUGGUUAAUUCAUGCAGCUGCAUUUAAUUUCUGAGUAGAGGUCUGUUGUCUAUUGUGGCUCUAUUAGGACCUAAGUCAUGCGAAGUCCCCAUCCCACCCCUUAUAAUGUACAGUUGUCGUAAUUAUAAUAAGCUUCAUGUGUCUUAUUUCUUUGGUUAAUUUCUUGUAUGAUUGUUUAAGCGGAUAUUGGCCAACGAUGAAUUUCAAAGCAAUAAAAGUAAUUGAAUUGAA